UCCGUCUGUCGUUGAUGUUGACGGUCGAACCAGGAACUGUCGCUGGAGAGAAGUGGUGUGUUGGCAUUCUGGAGAAAUUUAGACCAAAGUGCGGUUAAAAAAAAAAAAAAGAAAAGAGAAAAAGAAGCUCUCAUUGUUGUCGUCCUGCGGGUCGUUACUCGGUAUGCAGGGACACCUCCACCCAGCCACACAGUCUCUGGAUUGAACGACAGCAGUCUGCUGGAGAACAAUAGCUGUGCAUACAUCCUCGCUCUCCGCUUGGCACUCGAGGCGCAUGAAAUGCUGAAGAGGGAACAUGGGGAAGAAAGAUGCCAGUGCGACCAGAUUACCAGUUGAUCAGUAUAGGAAACAGAUCGGUAAACAGGACUACAAAAAGACCAAAUCGGUCUUAAAGGCCACACGGCUGAAAGCUGAAGCGAUGAAGAAUUCCUCUGGAUUCAGGGAUGCGUUCCUCGUCAUUGCAGCGAUCCUGCUCUUUGUGCUCUGCGUCUACGCCUUCUUCUACCUCAACCUGAGCACUGAGAUUAACCUGGAUGUGGAUGUGGAUUAAUAAGAGGCGGACUGCGUCCUGGCCAUGUUCUUGUUUUCACAGUUACGGUCACAAGAUUCCCGUCCGGAUUGGGUUCAGUGUUUCUUGUUUUUUUUAUUGUUAUGUUAUACUCAUUGACAAUUAACUGCCUCUUCAGGACAUUUUUGAGAUUUGACAUCCAAUUUUCUCCCAUCCCUUUGGGAACAUGCAAUGAAACUCCAAUCAUUACUGUACUGACGUUAAUUAUACAAUGAUUUUACAUCCAUAAAUCAUUGUCUCCCCCCCUUGAAUUAGCUUUGAUUUCCCUUCCCUGAAAAUUCAAGGACCUCUCGCUUCAUGGCAAAUUCUACGCUCGGCAAAGAAACAGAGCCUCCUAUUUACACAAGUCUUCCAAACCACAGUCAAGCUCUGUUAAUCAUAUUCCGCGGAGUCACGUCCCACUGUUUUCCCCACUAAUAGAAAAAUGUAAAUCUCCCGCCGAACCUCUCGCCACAAACACUUGCCUCGCAUUCCAGUGCACAAACCUCUCCUCGCGUAUGGCUGGAUAUCACCAAGUGUGAGAUUAGAAUCCACAAAGCCCUUGUUCUGAUUGAGCGUGUGUGCAGAAAACAGAGCAACACAUUGUACCUGCUGCACAUACAUGCAGCACUUAGACAGACAUUCGCAGGAUUAGCAUUACAAAUAUGAUGCUGUUCUUUCAUUUGUAUGGAAAUUGCAGACAUGGAAGACGCCUAUUCCUCAUAAGGAGAGCACCUUGAUGAUUUUCUUCUUGAAUGUAGAAAAUGUAUGCAUUAUUGUCCCCUUAAGGAUGCGAUGGCUCUCAAUAGAAAGGAAUAUCAAGGUUUGUACAAUGUUUAUUUUCUUUCACUUCUUACUCAGUUCAAAAUCAGGGUCUUAUUUUAUUGAAUCCACUUCCCACUUAGAAAUAUACAUAUUUUCAUUUUAUUAACACUUUCUGAUCAGGGCUGUUCUCUAAAAGGAAGUUGAUGCGUUGUUUUGGACAAUAUUUUUUUAUGUUCAUGUAAUGCAUUAAAGGCCAAAUACACAAGAGGCCUUGUGACUUCUUUCAUUCCGAACAUGAUUUUUUUUCCUACUGAUUCUUUCAAAGAAAAAAAAGAGGAAAAAAAACAAGUCUUACUUCUGUUCCCGAUUGUGUUCUGUUGCUCGAAAUGUGAGACCGAUUUUGAGCUUUCAGUUUCUGCCUUUUCUCCUGUUUUCUCCCAUGACCUUCUGACCUCUAGUAAAAGACGACAUGUCAAAGAAACCAUUAUGAUAAGCACGCACCCGUACCCUCACCCAGGGGCCUCGGUACAUCCAGCCCCCCCCCCACGUGUAACAAUAGACAUCCUGGCCCUAAUAGACCUUCAUACAUGACACCUGUUAUCUAAAAGGUCACCAUUACCAAAUACAAGAGCUCUGACAUCAGCACAGCGUAAAGGAUCUCGCAGCACAGCUCGAUUGUUCACACCCAGACCCAUUUGGCAAAAUGAGAUGCAAGCUAUUUUUCACGGCGGUGUAAUGGUUAGUUCUGUUAUUGAAACACUUUGCUUUGACAUUAUGAUGCAGGUUACUGGAUAUCGCUUAUACUUCUGUAUUUUUGUUUGUUGAAUAAAUUUUAAAUCAGAAUGAUA